AGAACCCCCACAGCUCACGCCAUGAAGGAAGAGAACUUCCUCCGGCGCAGGUUUUCCCUCUGUCCACCUUCCUCCACUCCUCAGAAAAUUGACCCUCGGAAACUGACCAGGAACCUCUUCUUCAGCGGAGACCAUGAGAUCUACCCUCUCAGCCCAGGCAAAGACGUGGAAGGCGGCAACGGCGUGUCCCUGUUGAAGGAUGAAGUGCCUCAGACCCCUGUGUCCAUGACCAGAGCCCUGCAGAAUAACGACUACAGGCUUUGCAAUGGAUCCGAUAGAGAGUCUUUGUCGCCCACGGCCAAAGUCACCAAGAAAGAGACACUCAAGGUCCAAAAGAGGAAUUACCGCCAGGAGAAGAAGCGCGCCACGCAGCAGCUGUUCAGCGCCCUGAAGGACCCCAGCGUGGUCAUCAUGGCUGACUGGCUGAAGAUCCGGGGCACCCUGAAGAGCUGGACCAAGCUGUGGUGCAUCCUGAAGCCGGGCGUGCUGCUGGUGUACAAGACGCCCAAGGUGGGCCAGUGGGUGGGCACCAUCCUGCUGCACUCCUGCGAGCUCAUCGAGAGGCCCUCCAAGAAGGAUGGCUUCUGCUUCAAGCUGUUUCACCCCCUGGACCAGUCCAUCUGGGCCAUGAAGGGUCCAAAAGGCGAGAACGUGGGCUCCAUCACCCAGCCCCUCCCCAGCAGCUACCUGAUCUUCAGGGCACCCUCUGAGUCUGAUGGCCGCUGCUGGCUGGACGCCCUGGAGUUGGCUCUGCGCUGCUCCAGCCUCUUCCGGCUCAGUGCCUCCAAACAGGGGAAGGACGGAGAGCUGACCAGCCAGCUGGACUCCUCCCAGGUGCCUCUGGAUGGGCUGCUGCAUGGUGGGACCAUCUCAGACCAGGAUCUCUUUCAGCUGAACGAGGCCUCCCUGGAAAACCACCAGCUGGAGAAUGACGCUUUCUCAGACAGGUCAGAGAAAGACACCAUCGAGGAGUCGGAGAACGACACCCGAGAAAACAGCCGGAAAACCAACGACAGUGAGAGCGACCAGUCGGAAACCCCCGGGGAGCUCGGUCAGGAGAAAAAAGGGACGACGUACAUCGAGCAGAUCUACGAAGAAUUCGGGGAGACAGGAGAAUCUUCACAGACCGAGACCGUCUCUGAUGAAAACAAGAGCCUCAUCUGGAUCCUGCUGAAACAGCUGCGGCCAGGGAUGGACUUGUCCCGAGUGGUGCUUCCCACGUUCAUCCUGGAGCCUCGAUCCUUCCUCAACAAGCUCUCUGACUACUACUACCACGCAGAUCUGCUGUCUCAAGCUGUCCUGGAAGAAGAUCCCUUGAGUCGUAUGAAGCAGGUUGUUAGAUGGUAUCUGUCUGGCUUCUACAAGAAACCGAAGGGAAUCAAGAAGCCUUACAAUCCCAUCCUUGGAGAGACCUUCCGCUGCUGCUGGUACCACCCGCACACCGACAGCCAUACCUUCUACAUCGCUGAACAGGUCUCCCAUCAUCCCCCUGUGUCUGCUUUCCAUGUAAGCAAUAGGAAGGAUGGCUUCUGCAUCACUGGGAGCAUCCUAGCUAAGUCCAAAUUCUAUGGAAAUUCCCUCUCAGCCUUACUUGACGGCAAAGCCACCCUGACAUUUCUAAGUAGAGGGGAAGAUUACAUCAUUACAAUGCCCUAUGCACAUUGCAAAGGAAUUUUGUACGGCACCAUGACGAUGGAGCUGGGUGGGAAAGUGACUAUAGAGUGUGAGAAGAAUAAUUACCAAGCAGAAUUGGAGUUUAAGCUCAAGCCUUUCUUCGGAGGCAGCUCUGGCCUUAACCAGAUCUCUGGGAAGAUUAAGUCAGGAGAGGACGUCCUAGCAAGCCUUGACGGACACUGGGACAGGGAGGUGUACAUCAAUGACCCAAAGAACGGCACCACCGAUGUCUUCUGGAACCCGACAGUGGAUAUCCGGAGGCAGAGACUGAAGCGCCAUAUUGUGCUGUUUGAGGAGCAAACAGCUCUAGAAUCAGAGAGGCUCUGGCAGCAUGUGACCAGCGCCAUCAACAAAGGAGACCAGGUGAAGGCGACCCAGGAGAAGUCUGUACUGGAGGAGGAGCAGAGGAGACGGGCCCGGGAGAGGCAGGAGGCCUUUCUAGAAUGGAAGCCGCUGCUUUUCCUCCGGGAUCCCAGCUCCCAGGAGUGGCACUACAAAUACGAGGACCUGAGGCCUUGGGACCCCUUAACAGACAUCGCCCAGUUUGAGCAGGACGGCAGGCUGCAGACGAUGGGCCGGCACACGCCAUUGAGGCUGACCGCUCGGAACCAAGCGGCCCGGCACAAGAGGUCAGGAAAGGACUGUCGGCACCGCAAAGCCAGUGACCAGCCCUCCAACCACAGCCAGAACACGGAGAGCAGCUGCUCCACCCCCGAGUCUGUGCAGGACCUGUCUGAUGAAGAAGGUGAUGCAGGGCCUUCUGAUCUUUCUCCCACAGCCAACCUAACUGAGAUUCUGGUAUCUGGGGGCUCUGCUUGGCCCCAGAGAACUCUGAGUGGAAGCUGCCGAGGUGGACGUGAAGACUGUGAGAGUUCCUGUGCCCGGUGUGGGAAAGAGAGUCAGCAUCUGAAGGAAAUUCACACUGCAGUGCUGUCCCUACAGAAGGCCCAACGGGACAUCCACAGGAACCUGACGGCUCUAAACAAAAAGUCUUUGUACAGGCGGGCGCCAGGAAGCUUUCUCCAUAGCUCACGCUGCUGGUUUCUACUCUGUGUGUUUCUGACAUGUCAACUGUUCAUUAACUAUGUCUUGAAAUAAAAGCACUCUAGGGGCAGCAGCCCGUGCGCCUGCCUGCCAAACGAACACUGCCCCCACCCCAGGAAUCCUCCCUGCAGAGGUGGCACCACAUUCCAUCCCAGGGAGGCCAGGCCUGAGGCCCUGGGCACCACUCCUGGGCAGCCGGUGCCCUUCAAGGGGGUACGGCUUCGGGACCUUACUACCCGUGUGGGCCUUAAUCGCUGAAGCCAAAUGUAGCUUACUUGUGCACUUUGCUCGUCCGUCCCUCCCUCCAUCCGUCUAUCCAUCGCAUGUGGUAGUUAGUACUGAGUACCACCCAGUACUGCUGUCCCCCAGCCGGAGUAUAUGUAGCCUUUUCCCAAGCUCCACCCAGACCCUUGGGGCAGCAAGAAGGAAGGAAGGAAAGAGAGUCAGGAGAGGGCCUGGCCUGAGGGGGCACCAAGGCUGAGGGCAGCUUGCAUUGUCCCUCCUUCCCUCCAUCCUUCCUCCCCUGAUGAGGGACAACCAUUUCAGGAAAUGCAGGGGGACCAAGGUCCAGCCAGGCACCGUAGAUCUUGUAAGCACAGUAACCAGGGCCUCCCUCCUCGGGAAGCCAGGACUGAAAACCCCAGACCUGAGUGAGAGGAGGCUCCAAGCUGGCAUCUGUGCUCAGUGCUGCCCGCCCACCUGGGCACCGGAAUCCAUGUGGAAUCCCUGCUCUGUGGCGGGAGAGCAGCCUGGGCGUGAGUGAUGGGUGGUUGCUGGGGGGGGGGGGGGGGCACAGAGCCACAGAAGGCCGGCCACUUCAUGUCCCCUCCCUCCCCCUGCAAGGAAGUCUUGUUUUCUAACACCCGCCGCCACCCCCCCCCAACCCGUGCAACCUCACCCAGGCCAGGGAGCAGCGGGGGAGGGGGGUUAAGGGUGAGCACGUGUCCGUCUGUGUCGGUCUGUCCGUCCCUCCCCACGCACCCUUGCUCUGCCAGCAGUGGUGCCCGUGCCGGGCCAGCCUGCAAUGCCACAUGUCCAGCUGGCUGGCACUUCAUCUUGUCUGUCCUGCACCUCCUGCCUUUGGGGAAACUUGUUUCUGCUUGAUAACAGUGAAAUAAAAUGACCUACCACCUUCA